CACUCAGACCUUGCAACCCGACUCGAGGAAGAGGACGACUGGGGCGUCUGGCCUCUUAAGCCAGACCACUAUCGAGCGCCAGAGGUGAUACUAGGUAAUGUAUGGCGAAUGCCCGCGGAUAUUUGGAACCUUGGUUUUUUGUUGUGGGAUAUGAUCGAAGGCGAGGAGCUAUUUCGGCAUAUCCAUGAUUAA